AUGAUGGAUCACCUCAAUCAGAUAGAGGGACUGCGUGGGCGUAUACAGGAUUACGACGCAGUUAUAGCACACCCGCAGGCGAUCCGCUACGUCGCCGAAUUUAUGCAACAAACAGGCCUCCUUCAACAAUUCCGAUUCGCUCAACUGGACGAGGACGACGAGGAGGAGGCUCCAGAACUUACCAACCUGCUAGAAGGGCUCGAACUAGGCGAGAAAGACGAUGGCUACAUGGAACUUUAG